AUGAUAUCCAGUCAUGUAAUGGAUACUGUCUACACCUUACACCAUCAUCGUCUGACAGCAUGGAACCAAACCUUACUGAGUCCCUCUCUACUUCAGGCAUAUGCUGAUGCCAUACGAAGGAAAGGAGGUGCUCUGCCAAAUUACUUUGGCUUCAUAGAUGGAACAGUAAGACCCAUUUGCCGACCACAAGAAAAUCAGGGGAUCGUGUACAACGGACACAAAAGAGUCCACGCAUUGAAAUACCAGUCUGUGGCAUUGCCCUGUGGUAUGAUAUCCAAUAUGUAUGGGCCAGUAGGUAAUAAAAAUUAUUUCUUUCAGUUAAUUUUUAUGUCUUGUUAUAUCCAUCUGUCACACCGUAAAUUCAAACAGCGCGACUGCAGUGAAAGUCGUUCUAUUGUGGAACAUAUAAAGUAUUAUAAAUAAAAGAUAUAUUCAUUUUUGACAUUAUUUAUAGUUUCAACUUUGAUAUAAUUUUCUCAUUUCUUUCAGAGGGCCGCAAACAUGAUGCUGGGAUGCUAGCCGACUCUGGCCUUAUGCGAGAUCUUGAGCGCUAUGCCUUUUCCCCAACUGGUGACCCCAUGGCGUUAUAUGGUGACCCA